GGCGGGCACAAAUUUCUUGCGCGGCAGGAAUCGCCUUGUCUGUUCAAAGCUGUACUCCACUAGUCCACUUCCUCAGUCUUCUUGCAGAAGGCGUGCUUAUUUGUUCUCGCUCUAUUCAUAGUUUCCAUCGCCUGAACUUUCAUCAAAACUGAAAAGCAAGUGGGAAUUUGAUACUAAUGGAUGCAUCUGAUGCCAUAAAAGAUUCGGGAAUUGGGAGUAGCAAAGAUAACUUAUUUGAUCAAUCCUUAUCGAUGGAUAUUGAUGACAUUGACUUUGAUGAUUUCGAUGACAUGCUCAACUCUAUAACCCUACGGGAGUUGGGUGAAGAUUUCUUGAAGAAAUUUUGUAAGAAGGCAGCAACUGCCUUUUUUGAACAGUAUGGUUUCAUUAGUCAUCAAAUCAAUUCUUACAAUAAUUUCGUCAAGUAUCGGAUUCAAGAAGUCUUUGACUCUGUUGGUGAGAUUGUGGUUGAGCCAGGGUUUGAUCCUUCAAAGCGGGGUGAUGGAGAUUGGAAAUACGCAUCUAUAAAGUUUGGCAAAGUCAUUCUUGAGAAGCCAGACAUUUGGAUAGGUGAGAAGUUAUUUGGAGAAGGUAAAAACGAGUAUCUAAAAGUGCUUCCUCGUCAUGCCCGGCUUCAGAACAUGACUUAUUCAGCUAGGAUAAAAGUGGAGACUCAUGUACAGGUCUACACCAAGAAGCUUCUAAGAAGUGACAAGGCAAAAACUGGAAUGGCAGAGUAUGUAGAGAAUCAUUGUGAAAAGGAGGAGAAGAAGGAGAUCAUAAUUGGGAGGCUCCCUGUUAUGGUGAGGUCUGAGUUAUGUUGGAUGAAUGAAGCCGAAAAGGAUGAUUGCGAAUUUGACCAUGGUGGAUAUUUCAUUAUCAAGGGUGCUGAAAAGACAUUUAUUGCACAGGAGCAAAUCUGCAUGAUAAGGCUUUGGCUGUCUCGUGUCCCAAACUGGAUGGUUUCUUACCGUCCAAUUGCUAAAAGGAAAAGAGUGUAUCUGAAGCUAGUUAGUAAUUCAAAAUUUGAGAGUAUCAUUGGAGGAGAAAAGGUUCUUUCUGUUUAUUUUGCUGUUGCUGAAAUGCCCGUGUGGAUACUGUUUUUUGCCCUUGGUGCAUCUUCUGAUAGAGAGGUGGUAGAUUUGAUCAAUUUGGACAUUGAAGACACCAAAAUUGCAAAUAUACUUACUGAAUCGAUAUAUGAUGCUGAUGAUAAUUGUACGGACUUCCGCAGAGGUAAGAAUGCUCUUGAUCACGUUCAUAAACUUCUGAAGAACUGUAAAUUUCCUCCUGCUGAGCCUGUGGAAGAAUGCAUCAGAAAUCUACUGUUUCCAAAUUUAACUGGCUUUAAGCAGAAAGCCCGCUUCCUUGGGUACAUGGUGAAGUGUCUAUUGGAAGCAUAUACUGGCCGACGAAAGGUUGACAACCGGGAUGAUUUCAGAAACAAGAGAUUGGAGUUGGCUUCUGAGCUGUUGGAGCGGGAGCUGAAGGUACACCUUAAACAUGCUGAGAGGCGUAUGGUGAAAGCUAUUCAAAAAGAUAUCUAUGGAGAUCAUGAACUGCGGGGCAUUGAAACCUAUGUGGAUGCAUCAAUCAUUUCGAAUGGUCUUUCAAGAGCAUUUUCAACUGGAGCAUGGUCACAUCCGUACAAGAAAAUGGAAAGGGUUUCUGGAGUGGUCGCUACCCUUAGGCGGACAAACCCCUUGCAGAUGACUGCUGACAUGAGGAAAACACGGCAGCAGGUUUCAUAUACUGGGAGAGUUGGUGAUGCUAGAUAUCCGCACCCUUCACACUGGGGAAAGAUAUGCUUUCUCUCUACUCCAGAUGGAGAAAAUUGUGGGCUUGUUAAAAACUUAGCCAGCUUGGGACUUGUCAGCACAACAGUAUUGGAAUCUCUUCUUGACAAAUUACUUGAUUGUGGUUUAAAAUUAUUACUAGAUGAUACUUCAUCCUCAACACAUGAAGAGCACAAGAUUUUUUUGGAUGGGGACUGGAUUGGGACAUGCAAGGAUUCUGCAUUAUUUGUAGCAGAGCUAAAGAAUAAGCGUCGGAGCAAGGAGAUCCCACAGCAGGUGGAAAUAAAGAGAGAUGAAAAGCAUAGAGAAAUCCGUGUAUUUUCUGAUGCUGGAAGGGUUCUUCGUCCCCUCCUAGUUGUUGAGAAUCUGAAAAGGAUCAAAGAUUUGAAAGGGGAGGACUGUUCUUUCCAAUCUCUUUUGGACAGGGGAAUCAUUGAACUUAUUGGACCUGAAGAGGAAGAAGAUUGUGUAACUGCUUGGGAAAUUGGCUUGUUGUACACAGGCAGCAAAGAGAAGCCUCCCAUGAAAUAUACACAUUGUGAACUUGACCAGUCAUUCUUAUUAGGUUUAAGCUGUGGAAUUAUCCCAUUUGCUAACCAUGAUCAUGCACGAAGGGUCUUGUACCAGUCUGAGAAGCACUCUCAACAGGCUAUUGGGUUUUCCACUACAAACCCAAGUAUCAGAGUUGAUACAAAUAUCCAUCAAUUGUAUUAUCCCCAGAAGCCACUUUUCCGAACCAUGCUUUCAGAUUCUCUUGGAAAGCCUUCCUAUCCUCGUCAUAGAGGAAUGCUGCCACGACCUGAAUAUUUUAAUGGGCAAUGUGCUAUAGUGGCAGUUAACGUACAUCUUGGUUACAAUCAGGAGGAUUCCUUGGUAAUGAAUCGUGCUUCACUAGAGCGUGGCAUGUUCCGAUCCGAGCAUAUAAGAAGCUACAAGUCAGAUGUAGAUGAGACGGAAAACUUGGGGAAGAGGCACAAGCCUGAGGACUUUGUAAAGUUUGGAAAGAUGCCGAGUAAAAUUGGACGCGUUGACAGCCUUGAUGAUGAUGGUUUUCCAUUCAUUGGUGCUAGCCUCCAGACUGGUGACAUAGUCAUAGGUAAAUAUUCAGAAUCAGGGACCGAUCAUAGUGUGAAACUAAAGCACACUGAAAAAGGCAUGGUUCAGAAGGUUGUACUGUCAGCUAAUGAUGAGGGCAAGAACUUUGCUGUGGUAUCUCUGAGGCAGGUUCGUUCUCCAGGUCUGGGCGACAAGUUUUCAAGCAUGCAUGGGCAGAAGGGUGUUCUGGGUUUCCUAGAAUCUCAGGAGAAUUUUCCAUUUACAGCACAAGGAAUAGUUCCAGAUAUCGUAAUUAAUCCACAUGCAUUUCCUUCACGACAAACUCCUGGGCAACUUUUAGAGGCUGCAUUGGCUAAGGGAAUUGCUCUAGGAGGUGCACAGAAAUAUGCCACACCUUUUUCAACCUUAUCUGUUGAUGCUAUAGGAGACCAACUUCAGAGGCUUGGAUUUUCAAGGUGGGGAAAUGAGAGAAUGUACAAUGGGCGAACAGGUGAAAUGAUUCAUACUAUGGUUUUCAUGGGUCCGACAUUUUAUCAACGCCUUACUCAUAUGGCUGAAGAUAAAGUAAAAUUUCGGAACACGGGACCAGUCCAUCCACUCACUCGUCAGCCAGUGGCAGACAGGAAGCGGUUUGGUGGGAUAAAAUUUGGUGAGAUGGAACGGGAUUGCCUUAUAGCUCAUGGUGCUGCAUCAAAUUUGCAUGAACGCCUCUUCACUCUCAGCGAUUCUUCAGAGAUGCAUAUCUGUCGCAAAUGCAGGAGUAUGGCCAAUGUAAUCCAGAGGCCAGUGUUCGGUGGCCGCAAGAUUCGUGGCCCUUUCUGUCGGUUAUGUGAGUCUGCAGAAGACAUUGUUAGGGUGAAUGUGCCUUAUGGUGCCAAGUUGCUCUGUCAAGAGCUUUUCAGCAUGGGCAUAUCUCUGAAGUUUGACACCGAGUUAUGCUGAGCUUCAGUCAUUUUCUUGGAUGUAUUGGUUAUAAUCCUGAAUGCUUUAUAAAUACUUAGUUUCAUAACAAGUGCAUACAACGAUGACAUGGAUUUUAAGCAUUUGAAUGAACAUGUCUGUGCAUAGAAUGUUAAAAAUAACUUCCAGCUCCCAAGCACAAGCAAGCAGUCAAGUUCUACCGUAGACGGACUGGUGAUUUUUUGGAACUAAAGGGUGCACACCUGCUAAGCAAUUUCCUUGUGUUAUUGCUGGUUUGCAGUCAUGUAAUCCUAUAUGACUGGCUUAUUGAUCAAGCUCUGCCUGGCUAUGCGAGGUUUGAGUUUCUGUGCUCCUUUUGCUUGUGAACAUGUAAAUAUGUGGUCGAACUUGCGAUGAACCAUGUCUGUGCAUGCUCUACUGGAGACGUUGCAAAUGAUUUUUCUUGGCAAAGAACAACUUCUGAUCA